CGGAGUUUGACACCAGUUGGACAGCCUAUACCAGGAACUAGAUUUAUUGCAUUCAAAGUACCUUUAAAAGGGCCUCAGCUAUGCAAGAUACAGAAAUGACAAGUCUGCCAGAGAUGGUGCUUGAAGCUCAUGGAGUUUGUGGCAGAAUACACAUAAAAUGCAUAACUGGCUAAACUGUGAUGUCUCUACAUGUAGUAGAGGAACUGAGAGGUGGUUGAGGCUGCUGCAUCUUUUGCCACUGUCUUUAUUGGUUGUGGCUGAGCCUGUGUCAAAAGGCUGUCACAAUGGACAAGCGCACUAUUCAGAGAAAAGCCGGUCUUGCAUAUGAGGCAUUUUCAUACCUAGAGUGAAGAACACAUUUCAAAAAACACAGCUACAAUAGGGCAAUUAACCAGAGGCUUACCCCAACCCAGAAAUUUACACCAAAAGACUUAAUUGCUGCAAUGAAAACCCUAAAUGUGGAGCUUGGAUUAAUUAUUGAUUUAACAUAUACCACACGAUAUUAUGAAGUUAAGGAUUUACCUAAAAGUGUGCAGUAUAAGAAACUUUAUACUGUUGGACUUGAAGUCCCCGAUAAUGCUACUAUCCUACAGUUCAAAAAAUGGGUCAGAAAAUUCCUAUGGGAAAAUGCGGGAAACGAGAAACUCAUUGGCGUUCACUGUACUAAUGGAAUUAAUAGAACUGGCUACCUUAUAUGUAGGUAUCUUAUAGAUGUUGAAGGCUGGGAUCCAGAGGCAGCAAUCCAAGCAUUUGGUGAUGCUAGAGGUCAUCGCAUGGAUGGUCUUGUGUAUCUCACAGAUCUCAGAACACAACCAAUGAGAAGUAACCUUGGAAUGGAUGUAUGGGAUGCAGACGAAGAUAUUAUUCCCCCACCACAUGCAAUGGAAGGACCUGUAGAGCGGUUCCCAAAUGAAGAUUUUCAGGGGUCUGGGAAAAGACUACGAAUUUAUGAUGACCACUCUCACAACGAUUUGCAAGGACAGAUACAGUUAAGAGAUUUUGAUUUCAUUAAUAAGGGACCUGGACAAAGACGAAGACCAUUUCAUGACCAUCAGACUCAGGAUGAUUUAAGAGCACCAAUGCAGAUGAGAAACUGGGACUACAACAGGGGACCAGAACAGAGGCGAAGACCCUUUACUGAUCACCAGUUUUAUGAUCAUUAUCAAGAAGACAUGCAGCUGAAGGACCUAGACUUCAGUAGCAAGGGACCUGGACAGAGGUUGAGACCUUUUCGUGGACACCAGUUUCAUGAUGAUUUACAGGCAGAGACACAAUCGAGGGAUAUUGAAUUUAACAGAGGCCGUGGACAAAGGCAGAGAUCUUUUCCUGACCAUCCAUCUCAUAAUGAUUUGCAGGAAGACAUGCAGUCAAAGGAUUUUGAUUUUCGUAGCAGGGGCCGUGGCCAGAGACAAAGGCUGUUCCAUAACCACCAAUCUCAUGAAGAAUUUCAGACUCAGAUACAAUUGAAAGAGUUAGAUUGUGUCAACAAAGGUCCUAGCCAAAGACUAAGAUCUUUCCAUGACUAUCAGGCACAUGAUGACUUACAGCCACAAAUGCAAUUGGGAGAUUUUGAAUUUGUUAAUAGGGGUCGUGGGCAGAGACCUUUCAAUGAUCACCAGCCUUGCAAUGAUUUACACACAGAGAUGCAACUAAAAGAUUAUGAUAAUAAAGGUCCUGGACAAAGGCGCAGACCUUUCCAUGACCAUCAACCUUACAAUGACUUACAGGAACAGACUCAGUUCAAAGAUUUUGGUUAUGUUAAUAAAGGGCAUGGACAAAGGCCAAGACCUUUUGAUGAACAUCCAGGUCACAGUGACUUGCCCCAUGAAUGGUGUUCAGACAGAAGUCAAUCAUUUCCUUCCCAUGAAAAUGUACCAGAACCUCAUUUCUCCUCAUCUUCAUUUCACAGAGAAUAUGGGUCUGAUAAUGAUGACUUUAAUAGAAGUUACAGUAAUCAACCAAAUUGUCCUGAAGACAAUAGGAGAUUGCAUCCCUCAGAUGAAUUUAAUAGAGGAAAAAACAGAUUUGCACCAUAUUCUUCACGAACAAUGCAUCCAUCUUCAUCUGUACACCAAGAAGAUAGUUCAAUAGACUAUGAAAGAAAACCUUUUCAAGGUGAAACUACCAGAGAGAUAGAACAAAGCAAAAGAUUACCAGUUGUAACAGUUGAUUACAAUUAUGGUCUGCCAUUAGAUUAUGGACCUGAAGAGGAAGAGAGAUCACAUUAUGAUUUACUUCCAAGAGACCACUACAACUGGAACUGAAUAAAAAGGAGAAUGUUUGCUCAGAUUAGACUUAAUUUUACUCAUUUUA